UUUGUCUCGGUUUCUUGACUCACCGGUGUUUUUUUCUCCGAAUGCAAUUAGCAUUUUACAGCUAUACCCGUUUCAGGUUUUCUUACUAACGAUGUCCGUCGUAUAUCGUACCGAUGCUGCUGCUUAUGAAUCCGGUCGUCCGGAGUAUCCGUUUGGUUUAACUGACUGGCUGAUUGAUGAGUUUUACGUCGACGAAACGAGUGUCGUACUUGAUCUCGGUGCUGGCACCGGUAAAUUGAUUCCUCGUAUUCGUGCGACUGGUGCAUCCAUAAUUGCUGUUGAACCUCAUGAGGAUUUGCUGGAUAUUCUGAAAAAGCGGUUCCCUAAUGUGGAUGCUCGGCAAGGAACCGCAGAGUCCAUCCCCGUGGAAGAUGGGACAAUCGACCUUGUAUUGUGUGGACAGUCGUUUCACUGGUUUUCCACCAAGGACGUUGUUAAAGAAAUUCAUCGAGUUUUGAAGCCCAAAGGCGCUCUCGGUCUCGUUUGGAACACUCGGGAUUCAAACGAAGCCUGGGUGCGAAAGCUGAACCUUUUGCUUGAUAAGUAUCGUGGUGAUACUCCAACAUUUUCUUCUUUGGAAUGGGGAAAUAUGUUUCCCGGUAAUGGAUUCGGAAAGAUUCGUUCAUGUGCUUUUCCUUUUGCUCAUUGUGCCAGACCGGAAAAGUCUGUUCAUGACAUGUUGAGAAGUGUACAUUACAUACACAUGCUACCCGAGAGUGAACGUAAAACCUUUUUUGAUGAAGUCAAUCAGAUUGUGGAGACAAUCCCCCGAGUGCCGAAUACGGAGCAAAUUAAAUUUCCCUACCAGACGCUUGCCUUUAGUAUUGAAAAGCAGUAGGGAGAAAGGGCACCCCUACGUUAGGUUAUCCCUUGAUAUCAAAAUAUGAAAAUUGCAUUCGAAUCAUGUCUGCACGAGACUUAUUAUUAAUUAUACUGCUUAUUCAGUUUAUCUUUCAGUGAUUUAACAAAAGUGACUCUCCUGAAUUGAGUCGCUUAUUCAUGCGACAACAAAUAUAUUAUAAAACAAAGUGAGACGAUUGCUAUAGG